AUGACGUCGGGGAGCCGCGGGCCAGUCAUCGAGGCGGUCACUCUGGCCUUCCUCGUCAUCUCCUCCAUCGCAACUGUGCUGCGGAUAUACUGUCGCGGCUGGGUGAUCAAGGCCUUCGCCUUAGAUGACUGGCUCGCAGUCGCCGCCCAGGUGUUGUUCGUCGUAUUCUGCGCCUACGAGGUCAAGGGCGUUCAGUAUGGGGCGGGACAGCACGUCAUGAUGAUCUCGGCAGAAAUACGCCCCGAGGCAAUGCGCAUGUGGUGGACAUGUGAGCCCCUGUACGCGCUCACAGGCAUGGCCAUCAAAGCCAGCAUCGCCAUCUUCCUGCUGCGUAUUUGCGUCGAGCGCUCGCACAAGAUCAUCAUCUUGGCCGUCACAGCGAUCACCGAGGUAUACAGCGCUAUAUUUUUCAUACUGUUCAUAGUGCAGUGCCAGCCCGUGUCGCUGUUCUGGCAGCGGUUCGGCGCGGACCCCCCCGCCGGCCACUGCAACGACGCCCGGAUCAUCUCCGAUGUCUUCUACGGCUACUCGGCCAUCAGCUGCCUCACCGACUGGACGUACAGCAUCCUGCCCAUCUUCAUCGUCGUCAAGCUGCAGAUGAGCACUCGGCUGAAGGUGUCUGUGGCGCUUAUUCUCGCUUCUGGCGCAAUCGCCUCGACAGCGACCAUAGUCCGCUUCCCGUACCUCUACUCCCUAACCGACACAGACGACUUCCUCUACUCGGUAUCCGACGUAGCCAUCUGGACCACGGUCGAGAUCGGCAUCGCCAUCACGGCCGCCAACGUAGCCACUCUCAGGCCUCUCCUAAGGCCGAUCUUUGGCGGCGGGUCGUCCGGCGGGCGCGGCAAAAGUGGCGGCGACACCACCACGGCCGCGCGGCCAUGGUACCGCACCGGCAGCGGCAACCACAGCAAGGGCGGUACCCGUAUCGAGGCGUUCGACCUGCACGAUCGCACUAACGGGAACAUGGGCACCACGACCAUCAUCGACAACGGCAACGACGUCGACGCCGAGGCGCAGAGGGGUCGGCGCAACCGCCACCGCGGCGACGACACCAAAUCCCUGGGCUCGAGCUCCACGGCCGAGUCGCGGGAGGACUGGAACAACAGCCAGUCGGAGCUCGCCAGGGACGCGGUUGGGUCUCCAUCAGGGGCUCCAGGGUCGGCCUCGGGGGCCGCUGGGGGGUCAAGGUGGAAUAUUAUGGUCAAGCAGUCGAUUGUGCAGACUAGGAGUUAA